UGAAUGCCUGAAGUCGAAGCUCGAGUCGGCAUCAAUGGAUGGCUAUCAUCAUCAUCGUCCCCUUCUCUGCUUCCUUGCGCACUCCUCUCGCUUCUUCACACCUCCUCCAUUUCUCCGCAUCGCCAAGCUCGCUGGAUCAACCUGCGAGUCAUCGUGUCUUCGGUGUUACAGCAGCAGCGGCACCGCAGUCCAGCCGCAACAGCAGCAAGGGCAAGGGCAACAAGAAGCACGGAAUCAGCUACGAAGCGCCGACCUCACCUCGUCGCCUUAGAGUCCGAGGAAUCGGGUCAUGUCAGCGUUAAAAUUCUUCCUUUUUCAUUCGAGUCCUUGGUUAGCGCUUUGUCUGAUUCUGGUUCCAUGAUGGUAGAUGCCUGCCCAAGCGCCGAACUGGGACGUGGUUUUGGCGGACCCGACCUUGCCUUUGAUGGUGAUGGACAUUGGGAGCGUAAACGGGCGUCUUGUUGCUUGCCUGCAUGGGACAUCUUUCUUCAACUGAGAGUACAUGAAAUUCCCAGGCAGUGGCAGAUUUCUUGCGUGGCUCGCAAAACCAAAUCCCUCGGGAAACUAUCUGGGACUGGAAAUCCGGUAGAAAGUAUGGCAUGAACACCUUGGGUUGCUUCUAGCACACUCAGCAAUUACUCUGAUGCGUCAGUGUACUACAAUCUUGGUUUAUUCUCAUUUGAUGGAAGAGCGUGGAGAUUUAGUUCGUAUUCUUGAAAUGUACUAUUUGUAGCUUGCUAAGCGUGCGGAAUGCCGGGUAAAGGAUCUGGCUCUAAAGAACAUGUAGGCUUUGUAAUUUACCAUCCAUUGAUCAAUCUGCAUAUCAUUGUUUUUCUUAUA